CACUCCACUGUGGCAAAAGUUUUAACUUUAAUUAUAAUCACCACAAAAUCAUAUAAUACGUACCUUUUUCCAUUUCUACUCAUGGACUAUAAUUAUGAUUAUAUUAACGACUAAUAAUUUCCCUCCACAUUCACAUAACAUACUUGUUAGGUUCAUUGAUGAUUGUAAAAUCUCCAUAGGUGUGAAUGUAAUAUCGCGAGUGUGAAUGCGUGUUUGUCUACGUGUCCUGCAAUUGGCUGGCGACCACCAGUCCAGGGUGUACCCUGCCUCUCACCCAAUAUCAGCUGGGAUGGGGUCCAGUUCACCCGUGACCCUAAUGAGGGCAUGCGGUAAAGAAAAUUGAUGGAUUGACAUUGAUACGUAACAAUACUGAAAUUUAGGUUAAAAGACCUGGUUUACGUCGCCACUAGCUCCCCAAGCUCUGCGACAGAUUGCCUUUUGGGUCAAGAUAAUUCCCAUCCAGCACCCUCUUUGUCGUCUUUGAGGAAGCAUUAUCAACUACCCAUACGUGUGCCUUUUGGGUCAAGACAAUUCCCAACCUGCACCCUAUUUGUCGUCUUCGCGGAAGCAUUCUCAACUGCGCAUGCGUGUCACGAUGGAACACUACAUUACAGUUUAGAUACGCAAAUUCAUAAAUUGAAACGGUCGAAUCCAUAUUUUGAGGUCAGGUGAAAUACACAUUAUGAUUUGUCUCACUUGUAUUUUUGUCGUGUGUCCUUGUUUCGUCGUUCGUCAAACGUUCUCGUGCCCCGGCCGGUAAAUGUACGUCACUUCCUCAGCGCGUAUCCAUUUGUGUGAGGCGACCGCUCUCUGUUGCCAAGUGUAUUAUUCACCAAUAACUACGUUUACAUUUAUACGUUACAUGUCUUGGUGUAAACAGCAGUUUGGGUAAUUCGUAUCUCCCAGCGCACCCAUUGACCGUUGUGGAAAACAACGUCUUAACGUUUCGUCACAAAAAGGGAGGAAAACGUGCAUUCGAAACAAGUAGUUGACCGGUGGCGGCUAACGUGAGCUAGCUAGUUUAUGUUAAUUGGCUAACUAUUGUUAGCUGACCUCUUCUUUGUAUCUGUGCCGUGGUCGCUGUGUCCGUUCGUGACUUUAUCACGUCCUCUCCGGAGAUUGAAAACGAUGGAGUGUUCUCAUUUGAGCUCGAACGUGAGCUUUGCUGGCGACUCCUGCAAGCUGCCUAACGGUGCUCCUUCCUCCUGGUGCUGCAGCGUUUGCAGAUCGAAUAAAAGCCCAUGGCUUUGCCUCACCUGCCUGGUGGUCCACUGUGGACGAUAUGUGAAUGGUCAUGCAAAGAAACACUUUGAAGAGAGUCAAGUGUGCAGCAGCAGCCAAAGGAAAGCUGAUAAACAGGAGAAAGAGAAAAGUCAACAUUCGGUUUGCAUGGAUUCCGGCAACUACAGUGUGUUCUGUUACAGAUGUGAUGAAUUUGUUGUCAAUGACACCAAAGUUGGGCAUGUGCAAAAGGUACGGGAGCAUCUCCAGAGUUUAGAAAACUCAGCCCUGAUAGGGGACAGACAGAGGAAAAGAAAACUUCAAGACAGCCAGGCCCCAGACAAGAAAACAUUGAAACAGAAUGAUAGCGCUGCUUUGGGUGCUACUGGGCUGCGUAACCUGGGCAACACGUGUUUUAUGAAUGCCAUUCUGCAGUCGCUCAGUAACAUCGAGCAGUUCAGCUGUUACUUCAAGGGGUUGCCUGCAGUAGCGCUACGCAGCGGUAAGACGGCCGGAAGGAGGACGUACCACACUCGCAGCCAAGGGGACACCAAUGUGUCACUGGUGGAGGAGUUAAGAAAGACCUUUUGUUCCCUCUGGCAAGGGAACCAGACUGCAUUUAGUCCGGACUCCUUAUUUUAUUCAGUGUGGAAAAUCAUGCCGAGUUUCAGAGGCUAUCAGCAACAGGAUGCCCAUGAGUUCAUGCGCUACCUGUUGGACCACCUGCACAGGGAGCUCCAACAGAGUCAGAACAGGGCAGCAGAGCCUAGCUCGCCUCAGGACAGGCUCCGACUCUCCAGCAUGGAUGGCAAAAGCUGCUUAAACGGCGCUCCCAGUGUCGUCACAUCUAUUUUUGGUGGGAUCCUUCAGAAUGAAGUCAACUGUUUGAUAUGUGGGACCGAAUCUCGGAAGUUUGACCCCUUUCUUGAUUUGUCGCUGGACAUUCCCAGUCGGUUUAGACAAAAGAGGAGUAAGGAUCAAGAGCCAGGUCCAACGUGCACCUUGCGUGAGUGCUUACGAAGCUUCACUGACCUGGAAGAGCUGGAUGAAACUGAGCUGUACUAUUGUCACAAGUGUAAAAAGCGACAGAAAUCCACUAAGAAGUUCUGGAUCCAGAAGCUUCCAAAGGUUUUGUGCCUGCACUUAAAAAGGUUCCACUGGACUGCCUUUUUGAGAAACAAAGUGGACACUUAUGUGGAAUUUCCACUAAAAGACUUGGACAUGAAGGGCUAUUUGCUUGAGCCAGAGAGUUUGUUAGCGGAGAGCUGUCGGUAUGACCUGGCAGCCAUUGUAGUGCAUCAUGGAUCUGGGGCGGGAUCGGGACACUACACGGCGUAUGGCAGCCACGAGGGGCGCUGGUACCACUUCAACGACAGCACAGUCACGCUUGCCACUGAGGAAACGCUGAGGAAGGCCAAGGCGUACAUCCUUUUCUACACGGAGAGGGCUGAGCGGACGACAGCAGCGUUGGACACGUGUUUUGGAGAGGCGGACGCACACGGGAUUUUAGAAAACCACUCGGCACCAGAUACCUUGCCAUUACAAAACACAGACACAGCCGCACCAGAGAAAUCGAACGCAGAGAGAACGCGAUCAGCCGAGGCCUCUCUGUUUGAGGAUGAUGUUCAAACUGCGACACAGUGAAUCAGACCAAUUCCGUUCUUCACCCCAGUCACACCUUGCAACCCUCAAGGUAGUUAUUUUGGAGCCAAAUAACAGUUGUUGUCAUUUUACAUUCAUCUCCUUAGUGUUUUGUUGCUCGGUGGAUUUUUAAUCCAAAUAUCAUCAUUUCACUUAAUGAAUGAUGUUAAGCCUUAGAAAAUGUGUUGGUCCAAAACUGACCAAUAACUUUUACUCAGACACUGCCAUCACACAAUCAGUUGAAGUCUCCCUUAUUUUGGUGCAAAUCAUGUUCUCCACCCACUCAGAACCUCUCUAGCGGAGUAAACACAUGAUUCAAAAUGUGACGGAACCCACACAUGAGAAAGAAAAAAGUGGCAAUUGUGUGCUUAUUGUCUUUAUACGGUCUGGUGUACUCCAGAGUCAAGACAGAACCAUAUCUCCAAUGACAAUUGCGCUUACCCCCUCUGUCGUAGUACCAAAACUGACCUGUGAGACAUAUCAUACAAACAACAGAACCAGUUGUUUUUCUAUGUCCAGCAGCAGCGCCAGCCUCAGAUCGUUUCCUAUUUGGCUAUCGUUCUGUUUUAAGAGUCCGUGGAUUGGUUAAACUCUUUGUUGACCACAUACUUUUUGUUCAUGAAGACUGAACUGGUUAAACAUUUACGAUUUCCAAGCAGAUCAGAGGAAAAAAUCAUUAGCAAUACACCCAACACCACUCAGGAUAAUCUUUUAGAGACAUCUGACAAUCAGGUAUUUCUUAACUUUGACCUGUAGGUGGUAAAAAUGCUAAAAGAAUUUCCCCAUUAUCGGUAUGUGAGUACCCCGCUUUAGUCAUGUGGGACAUCGUAACCUUUAUCAUUCAAAGAUUUAUGACUGACAAAAGCUCUUAUUGAUCAUGACCAUGAUGUGAACGCUAUAAUUCUCCUUGUAUUUGGAACAUUUUUAAAACAAGUCAAACCUGA